AUGGACCCAGGCACCCCGUCCCAGACGGGAUUCUCACCCUCUCCGACGGCCCGUUCCAGGGCACUUAGACGGGGGCUGAGCCCGAAGCAUCCUCUGCAAAUUACAACGCGGACCCCGGAGGGGCCAGCUUUCAAAUUUGAGCUCUUGCCGCUUCACUCGCCGUUACUGAGGCAAUCCCGGUUGGUUUCUUUUCCUCCGCUUAUUGAUAUGCUUAAGUUCAGCGGGUAUCCCUACCUGAUCCGAGGUCAACCUAAGGAAAAAAAGGUUGGAGAGGGCAAAGGCCCCGGCCCGACCUACUGA